AUGGCGUCUAAAAGUGUCAAUGUUGCUGUCAUCGGUGCUGGUGUCGUUGGGUCUAGCUUUCUUAAGCAGUUGAGUUCGGUUAAAUCCCAAAUCUCUUACAAUCUAAUUCUUCUCUCGACUUCCAAGAAGGCUUUGAUCUCCAAAGACUACAAACCUUUGAAAUUGGGAAGUUGCGAGACUGAUUUGGCCCAAACCACAGAGGCGCCUUUGUCCUUGGAAAAACUUUUGGAUUUCCUAAAACAGUCGCCUGCGCCAGUCAUUUUCGUCGACAAUACUUCCAACGAGUCGAUUGCCAAUUUCUACCCACAAUUAGUUCAAAACGGGAUUUCUAUUGCUACCCCUAACAAAAAAGCCUUCUCAUCCAGCCUGGCUCUUUGGAACGAGCUCUUCAGUGGCAACGAGUCUAGCGGCUUGGUUUACCACGAAGCCACCGUCGGUGCUGGCUUGCCCAUUAUUGGUUCUCUAAAUGACAUGGUUCAGACUGGUGAUAGAAUUCAAAAAAUCGAAGGUAUCUUUUCCGGAAGUCUUUCGUUCAUUUUGAACAAGUUCUCUAGUACCUCGCCCUCAGACUACAAGUUCUCGGAUAUUGUGAAGACUGCCAAGGAUUUAGGCUACACUGAACCAGACCCAAGAGAUGACCUCAAUGGACUCGAUGUUGCUAGAAAGGUUACAAUUUUGGCCAGAAUUGCUGGCUUCAAAGUAGAGUCUCCAACUUCUUUCCCAGUUCACUCCUUGAUUCCUAAACAGUUGGAAUCCGUUGCGUCUGGUGCCGAGUACUUGGAGAAAUUACCAGAAUAUGAUCAGGAAAUGGAGCAAUUGAAAAAAGAGGCUGCUGCCGAAAACAAGGUGUUGAGAUUUGUUGGUAAGGUUGAUUUCCCUAACAACUCAGUGUCCGUUGGCAUCGAGAAGUAUGACUUUUCCCAUCCUUUUGCGUCUUUGACGGGUUCUGACAACGUGGUGUCUAUUCAAAGUAUGCGUUAUCCAAGUCCUUUGAUUGUCCAAGGCGCUGGUGCCGGUGCUGAUGUUACCGCAGCAGGUGUACUUGCAGACGUUUUCAAAAUUGCUCAAAGACUCUAA